CAGACGGCGCUGGCGGCGGGGGAGGAUCACUUGCUCUCCCUCGCCGCCACGGGGGUGGUGCUGAGCUGCCUGGCCGCCGUGACAUGGCUGGUGCUGAAGCUGAGGCAGGGCGUCCUCAUGCUCGCCGUGACUAGCGCGGCCAGGACCACGUCCCUCGUCGCCUUGGAGAAGGUCCCGGCGUCCUGGCGGCCCUACCUGGCCUACCUGCUGGGGCUGCUGGGCAUCCUCCUGGCCGGCUGCGCUGACCGGCUCUGGCCCCCGCGGCGGGCCGCCCCGCCGGCGGAGCCUCCCGCCGCCCCCCCGGCCGCGGACGAAGCCCCGGUGCUCAGGCGGCGGCGGCGGUCCAGCUCCAUGAUCUCCCCCGAGAUGUCGGGCGGCGGCAGCAGCAAGACCCACCGGCGGACCUCGCUGCCCUGCAUCCCCCGGGAGCAGCUCAUGGGACAUUCUGAAUGGGAUCACAAACGAGGACCCAGAGGCUCACAGUCUUCUGGUACCAGUAUCACAGUGGAUAUUGCUGUCAUGGGAGAAGCACAUGGGCUCAUUACAGACCUUCUGGCAGAUCCUUCGCUGCCCCCCAACGUGUGUACUUCACUGAGAACAGUGAGCAACCUGCUUAAUACGCAGUUAACCUUCCAGGCCAUCCACAAGCCAAGGGUGAACCCUUUGGUGUCCUUCAGUGAGAACUACACCUGCUCCGACUCAGAGGAAUGUCCGGAGAAAGGAGAGAAACUAGCUAUUCCCAAGCGCUUACGGAGGAGCUUGCCUCCAGGACUGCUGAGACGGGUGUCCUCAACUUGGACCACAACAACAUCAGCGACAGGAUUACCUACGCUAGAGCCAGCUCCAGUGAGAAGGGAUCGCAGUGCCAGCAUCAAGCCUCAUGAGUCAUCUUCAUCCAGCUCUGACUCCUGGAACAGCUCAAUUCUGAUGACAAUCACAAAGAGCAGGUCCUUCUCCACCUCCUACGCCAUGUCUUCUACCAACCACCUGAAUGCCAAAAGGCAGAGCCGGCAAGGUAUCCCGCCGAAUAUUUCACCUCUCACCUCCCCAUGCCAUUCACCGAUUCAGGGGACGCCUGCCACAAGUCCUACCGGAAAAACAUCUUCCGUGUCAUUUCCAGACUCUACAGAUAUUGACUCCAAGCAAGGCUUAAAGCCACACAAAGUCUUAACUUCUACUCAGAGUGCACCUAGCCUGUCAGACCCUAUUAUCAGCCCCUCUGUCAUCUGCAGCAGCUGUGGCAGACCCUAUAACCAAAUAGAAGCUGGUGAUGGGACACUAGAUAGAAAUGAUGGUACCACACACACCCUGAACAGAACAGAUGAUCCUGCGCAAGCCACUUCUGACUAUGAGACCAACAACAGCGAUAGCAGUGAUAUCGUGCAAAAUGAUGAUGAGACAGAUUGCUCCAAAGAUCAGACGCGGAAGGGAUCUGUCUGUAGGACGUACACACCUGAGACCAUCAUUCUGCAUCCCUUGAUACCACCUGAGGACAAGCCUGUACUUGCUCCUGAGCCUCUGGUUAUGGACAACUUGGAUCCCCUGAUGGAGCAGCUAAAUAAUUGGAACUUCCCAAUCUUUGAUUUGGUGGAAAAAAUCGGAAAGAAAUGUGGUCGGAUUCUCAGUCAGGUAUCAUACAGACUUUUUGAAGACAUGGGGCUGUUUGAAACCUUUAAAAUACCAGUGAGGGAAUUUAUGAACUACUUUCAUGCCUUGGAAUGUGGAUACCGAGAGAUACCUUAUCACAACCGAAUCCAUGCAACUGAUGUUCUACAUGCCGUUUGGUACCUUACUACUCAGCCCAUCCCAGGACUCCCAACUGUGAUUAACGAUCACGGGUCAGCAAGCGAUUCAGAUUCUGACAGUGGAAUCACUCAUGGCCAUAUGGGUUAUGUAUUUUCGAAGACAUACACACCUACAGAUGACAGCUAUGGAUGCCUAGCUGGCAACAUCCCUGCCCUUGAAUUGAUGGCUCUUUACGUAGCUGCAGCCAUGCAUGAUUAUGAUCAUCCAGGAAGGACCAAUGCCUUUUUGGUAGCAACAAGCGCUCCUCAGGCGGUGCUGUACAACGACCGCUCCGUCCUAGAGAACCACCACGCCGCUGCUGCCUGGAACCUUUUCAUGUCAAGGCCAGAGUACAACUUCCUGGUCAACCUCGAUCAUGUGGAGUUCAAGCAUUUCCGCUUCCUCGUCAUUGAGGCAAUUUUGGCCACUGACCUGAAGAAACACUUUGAUUUUGUUGCCAAAUUCAACGCCAAGGUGAAUGAUGAUGUUGGAAUUGACUGGACUAAUGAGAAUGACCGCUUGCUCGUUUGCCAAAUGUGCAUCAAACUGGCUGACAUAAAUGGGCCUGCAAAAUGCAAAGAUUUGCAUCUGCAGUGGACAGAAGGCAUUGUCAAUGAGUUUUAUGAACAGGGUGAUGAAGAGGCUAGCCUGGGCUUGCCAAUCAGUCCUUUCAUGGAUCGCUCUGCUCCUCAGCUGGCACACCUCCAGGAAUCUUUCAUCACUCACAUUGUGGGACCACUAUGUAACUCUUAUGACUCAGCGGGGCUGAUGCCAGGAAAAUGGAUAGAAGAUAGUGAUGAAUCAGGAGACACUGAUGAGCACGAAGAGGAAGAAACAGCAGAAAUGGAAACUUGUGAAAAUGCUGAAUCCACUCAGAUCAAAGGUAAAAUGUGGAGAAAACAAAAUCAGGAUCUUUCUCCCGAAGGCAGUCAGCAAGGAUCCAUUGUGGGUGGGGGCACAGAAUUUAAUGUGAAAGAAGUUCAAGAGGAGGAAAAUCUACUGUCAGAUCACUCAGCACCUGCUUCAGAACCAUAA